GAUGUCUCUGACGGUCUCUGUGUUUGUGUACUCCUGAGCGGACCGUGCUCUUCUCUACAUCCCUGCCGACACGUUCUGUCCGGAAAGGAAGGUUCGGUGUGGUUCUUCUCGCAGUAGGACUGUCUCAUUAUCAUCCUAACCAGAUGCUCUCCGCCAGACCGGACCCGCUUAGUUUCACACCGACCGACCCCAGCGGAGCCUGAGCUGAAGGAUGCAGGUUAAAAGCCAGAUUUGCACAGAGAGGAGCAGUACGGACGACCCGGAGCAAGAUGACAAUCAGAAGAAGACGUCCUGUUUUUCCAACAUAAAGAUUUUCCUGGUGGCGGAAUGUGCGCUCAUGCUUGCACAAGGCACCGUGGGCGCCUAUCUGGUAAGUGUUCUAACAACUCUGGAGAGACGGUUUAAUCUCCAGAGUGCCGAUGUGGGCGUCAUUGCCAGCAGCUUUGAAAUUGGCAACCUGGCCCUAAUCCUGUUCGUCAGCUACUUCGGCGCCAAGGCCCACCGGCCCCGGCUGAUUGGCUGUGGGGGGAUUGUCAUGGCGUUGGGGGCACUGCUGUCAGCUCUGCCAGAGUUUUUGACUCAUCAGUAUGAGUAUGAGGCUGGGGACUCGUGGCACGCUGAGGAUGGCAGGGACAUCUGCUCCAACAAAUCCAGGUCAGAAAAUCAAGACUCUGGGUUUAACUGCGGCAACCGAGCCAACACCAACAUGAUGUACCUUCUGCUGAUUGGAGCACAGGUUCUGCUCGGCAUUGGGGCCACCCCUGUCCAGCCUCUGGGAGUGUCUUACAUCGAUGACCACGUCCACAAAAAGGACUCUUCAUUGUAUAUAGGUAUCUUAUUUUCAACAUUAGUUUUCGGCCCAGCUUGUGGCUUCAUUCUAGGUUCCAUCUGUACCAAAGUCUACGUUGAUGCGGUUUUCAUCGACACCAGUAAGCUGGACAUCACCCCAGAUGACCCUCGCUGGAUCGGGGCGUGGUGGGGUGGCUUCCUCCUUUGCGGUGCCUUACUCUUCCUGUCGUCCCUCUUCAUGUUUGGCUUCCCCCAGGCUCUGGAUGAGCAGGACAUGGUUGCUCAAGGGGAGAGUGAGCAGGCCAUGCUGCCUACUUCUUUAAGCCUGGAGAGCCAGGACUCUAAACCCAACGGAGACUUUCGUGGCUUCGACAUAAACAGUGGACUCUCAGUCUGGGAGCAUCUGAAAGUGAUCCCACGGGUAACCAGGCACCUUCUCUCCAACCCUGUGUUCAGCUGCAUCACACUGGCCGCCUGUAUGGAGAUAGCUGUGGUUGCUGGCUUUGCUGCUUUCCUGGGUAAAUACCUGGAGCAGCAGUUCAACCUCACCACCUCCUCAGCCAAUCAGCUGUUAGGUAUGACAGCUAUCCCCUGUGCCUGUCUGGGUAUCUUCCUUGGAGGGCUCCUGGUUAAGAAACUGAACCUUUCAGCUCUGGGGGCUGUCCGCAUGGCCAUGCUGGUCAAUCUGGUGUCCACAGCCUGUUACGUCUCUUUUCUCUUCUUGGGUUGUGACACGGGUCCUGUCGCUGGGGUUACAGUGGCCUACAACAAUGAGACGCUGCAGUCAAAGAAACAACCUGAGUCAGCCUGCAAUAGUAACUGUAACUGUUACACAGCCUCAGUGAGUCCUGUCUGUGGGUCCAACAGAGUCACCUACCUCUCAGCCUGUUUCGCUGGCUGCACCAAACCAAACCUGAGCAGCUGUGGGUGUAUAUCCAGCAUCAGUGACGAGAACGUGGCUUUACCAGGGAAGUGCCCCAGCCCUGGCUGUCAGCAUGCAUUCCUCACCUUCCUGUGUGUUAUUUGUGUUUGUAGCAUGAUCGGAGCCAUGGCUCAGACACCCUCUGUCAUCAUCCUCAUCAGAACCGUAAGUCCAGAGCUUAAAUCUUAUGCUCUUGGCGUUCUCUUCCUCCUCUUGAGGCUGAUAGGCUUCAUCCCUCCCCCUCUGAUUUUUGGAAUGGGCAUCGACUCCACCUGUCUGUCCUGGAGCUCUGUCUGUGGUGAGAAGGGCGCCUGCAUGCUGUACGAUAAUGUGGCCUACAGGCAUCUGUAUGUCAGCAUUGCCAUCGUGCUCAAGUCCUCUGCGUUUCUCCUAUACGCCACCACAUGGCAGUGCCUGAAAAACAACUACAGGAGAUACAUCAAGAACAACGAGGGUUACCUCACGCCUAAUGAACUUUUCGCCUCCAAUGUGACUCUGGAUAAUUUGGGUAAGGAGAUUACCCAUAACCCAAGUAACAGGACAAAGUUUAUAUAUAACCUGGAGGACCAGGAGACAAGUGACAACAUGGAGUCAGUUUUAUAGUGGUGAUUUACACAGGGCCAGCAGGAGCUGUUAAUGUACAUCUGAUCUGAUGUACAGACUCUUGUAGAGCAUGUAGAGCAUUGUUCAUCUAAAACAUUAGAUCUGUUAAAAAAACGAAACUUCCAAAAAACCCAAAAUCACAAACUGACUUAGUAACACAUUUAGUCAUAUGUGGUAUUUUUUCAUCUUUCACUCUCAAAGCAAUGAAGAAAUGUAAUUCAACAGGUGGACCUUGUUGUACUGGUUAAAUGUUUGCCUUCACCCAUCAUUGCCAUGAAUGUUAAUUUGAGGUUUAUAAUGAUGAAUUUGAGCAUUUACUCAUUUAAUUGUCACGAUUAUAAAGAAAAACACCUCAAUGAUUUUCAAAAACAAGAACUGGAUCCACAAGUUGGAAUUUAGUAUGGAUUUUCUCUGAUCCAAAGAGGUUCAAAAUUAUGCAUCCAGGCUCAAAAAUAAACAUACACUCCCACUAAUAUUUGGUUAAAUCUAUUUUACCAAAUUGCACAGGAACUACAUUGUUUUUGUAACCUUCAAAAAGCUGCUGGCAUAAUUCUGCUAGGAUUUUUGACCACCCAUUCUAUACGAAUUGGUAGAGCAGAUUAGCUUUUAGUCCAUUUUCCAUUGACUUAAUGUUGGAUUACCUUGUUCAUUCCAGAACCAGAUCUGACAUGUAUUUAGGAUCAUUGUUCUGUUGGAACACCUCACUGUGUCCAAGUUCAAACCAACUAUCUGUUGAUUGGUGGUGAAGAUAAAAAGAUCUGAGGUAGUCCUCCUCCUUCAUUAUUCCACCCAGUUUAUGCUAUGUACCCUCCCUGGCAGUACAGCAGACCCAUAGCAUGAUGCUACCACCUCCAUUCUUGCCAGUUGGUAAAAUGUUCUUAGAGUUGAAAGCCAAACCUCCAAACAUACUUAAUAUGGUCAAGUACCUCAGUCUUUGAUUCCUCUCACCAUAAACCUUUCCCUAGAAGGAAUUUGGCUUGUAUCGGAUCCUGGGUCAUCUCUCUUGGCCUGCACACUCUCAGUCCAUGUUGACGUUAAACUGACUUCACUGUCGACAGUGACACUGGGGAUCCAGCAUCUUCUAGUUUAAAAUGAUCCCAAACACACGUGAAAACUGGUUUCGGAAUGGAUAAUUAAGACUGACAUUAAGCUUCUGGAACAGUUCUGACCUUAACCCUGGAACAAGAGGGAUUUUAAAAAAGCCCAAAAUGAAGAUAACUUUCAUGUCAAUGAUGAAUGUAUGUAAACGUCUGACCAGCAUUGUUAUGUUAGGGACACGCCUACUUUCAGAUCUGAGUAAUCACCAGUUGUUACCUAUCUCUCAGGUGAGGUUAGACUAGAGAUGAAAGAGAUUACAGUUUUUAAGUUUAACUACUUAGGAACCAAACAGAAGUGUUUUAAACACCAACAUUCGUUAAUCUCUAAAACUCUGUUUUCUCAGUUUUACAAAUUAAAAGCAGCCAAAUAUUUAAAUAUUUGGUUCAGAUAAUUCUAAUAUGCUUUAAGUUUUAAAUGUAAAAAAAUUAUUUUAAAGAAAUGAAUACUUCAAUGUUUUUAGAAAAACUUAUUUAUUUUACACCAACAGUUAUUUAAAAUCGCAAAGAGACACCACCUCAAGCGGUUUAUUAUUCACAUUUUUUACAAUCAAGAAAGAUUUCUCAAAUUUCUAGAAAAAAAGCUAUUUAACCAAUUAUAUUUAUUGAAUUUUCUGACAUGCCUAUAAUACAUGAAUGUCAACCAAGAAUGAAUAAUAAUCACAUCUUGUGAUAAUGCCUUGGUACAUGCUGGAUAAGACCAAUUUUCCUGUUCAUUAAACCAGAGAACAGUGAGCUCUUUUUUCCCACUUCAACAGAAAGGAUCCAGAUUUUAACAAGUAAUUGAAAGAAUAACUUCAAACAUCCAUCUAUAAAUAAGAAUGUUUGUCAGUGCAAGUGAUGUUGCAUAUUGUCACCUUCCUAAAAUAAUGGCCUAAGUCAUUUUUUCAAGUUUUUCAGGAAACACAAAAAACGUCACAAAAUAUAUAUAAGUGAUUGAAGUGUUUUUUGUUAUUUAAAUCUUGUUUUGCUUGUAAUUACAACUAAUCUAAAGGGAUGUCUUGCAUACAUUAUGUUUAUUGGAACCCCUGGUAAGGAUUUGUGAAAAGCCUUAAAACAAAUUCAGCUUUUAAUUUUGAACAAAUAUUGUACCACUGCUGCCCCCUACAAGAUGUCUGUCUGAUUAUUUCUGGGGACUGUGGUGGCUAUGGCGAAGGUUCAGUUUUGUGUCUGCUAAACCAUUUCUGUGUUGAUUUGGCCAGAUGUUUUGGAUCAUUACCUUGCAGAAAGACCCAAUGAUGACCCAAGUUUCAGUUAUUUGGCAGAACCCGCUAGACAGUCGUUCAAAAUCAGUUGGAACUUCUAAGAGUUUAUGAUGCCCUACACUUUAAUAAGGGUCAUAUUACCUUUGGAAGAGAAACAGGUCCACAGCAUCAUAGAUCCACCAUUAUGCUUAACAGUCUAAAGGUAGGACAGAAAACCCAUAAACUAGCAGUUGGCAUGUAGAUAUCUAAUGGUAAAAUAUUUAUUAACAAUUUCACCCAAAAGGUUAAUAACAGCAGAUAAGUGUUGACAUUUUGACCAUUUUAUUAAGCUACAUAUCUUUCUCAGUUAGAUCAUAUAAUGUGGAAAAUUUAUAGAAUAACAGUUGAUGAAGUAAUUUUUAAAAAGAAAGAAAAGAGUUGACAAAAACGAUUACUUGUUAGAGCCACAGGUUCUGGAGCUCUUCCACUCUUUGCUAAAUGCUAGCUUCAUGAAUGUAGCUCCUUUGUGGACAAAAAUUCUGACUGAAAGACAGAAUUAAAAUACUAAAUAUCUAUGCAAUAUUUAAUACCUGGCCUAAAUUGUGGCAAUCCUUAUCACUUACCAAUAAGGAGAGAGCCCUGAAUUAUGGAAAUAGCUUCAGUGGCUCAAUAGAUUUUGGUUUUUCCUGAAAUGGUCGCCAUUUUGAAAAGCAUGUAGAACUGUCUAAGUCACAUUUUUGACAUAGGCCAUUAUACAACAGGCAUGGACUUGCAUGACCUCCUCAACUGAAGAUUUAGACAGUUAUACAGGAGGUGGCUAGCAUCAUGAGGAGAUGAUUUAGGCAAAAAAGGACUCGUGCCAUAAUUUUAGGAAGGUGAUGAUAUUUAUUUACUUUAUGUAACAAUCUUUGGAGUAUAAGAAAGAAAUAUAUGGUUUAGCUGAACCAACAGUGUAAUUCUAACAGGACCGACAAAGACAUGCAGUUUAACUGAGUGGUCUAAUCCUACUUGUGGGGAUGCCCCCUGCAGCAGUAAUGCAUGGAUUAAAACAGCAACAGAAAUAACAUAACAAGCAAGAGACUUUGUGAAUACCUUUCUUUAGGCUUCAGUAAGCAACAACAGGUGGAGGGGAGGGGGGAGGGUGUCCAACACCUGCAGCGCCAGGUGCAGAGCUCACACUAUGAGAAUACAGUCAAAGUUGAACACAAACAAUGCAUUGAGACUUCUUGAUGUGCAGGAAAAUGGCUAUUAGCAUAUACAGUCUUCUGCCAGAGUUAGGUCAAAAGCAUGCUGGUAAUGCAUGCAUUUAAACACUGAAAACAAACAUUUAGUAUGACGUCACUAAGUUUCACAGUUUCAGUCAGCUCUUUAGCUGAACAUACAGCAUAUUAAACACAAACGUUUCUCAAAUUGUGUUUUGGACUGUGAAAGAGCUUUAUAAUGCAUAAUGCAUUGCAAUGCUGCCAUUUUUUAUUCUAACUCAGCUGACCCAUAACCACUGACAUUAAAGUGAUUGAAGUGUUUUCUGUUAUUUAAAUCUUGUUUUGCUUGUAAUUACAACUAAUGCAUACAUUAUGUUUAUUGGAACCCCUGGUAAGGAUUUGUGAAAAGCCUUAAAACAAAUUCAGCUUUUAAUUUUGAACAAAUAUUGUACCACUGCUGCCCCCUACAAGAUGUCUGUCUGAUUAUUUCUGGGGACUGUGGUGGCUAUGGCGAAGGUUCAGUUUUGUGUCUGCUAAACCAUUUCUGUGUUGAUUUGGCCAGAUGUUUUGGAUCAUUACCUUGCAGAAAGACCCAAUGAUGACCCAAGUUUCAGUUAUUUGGCAGAACCCGCUAGACAGUCGUUCAAAAUCAGUUGGAACUUCUAAGAGAUAUGAUGCCCUACACUUUAAUAAGGGUCAUAUUACCUUUGGAAGAGAAACAGGUCCACAGCAUCAUAGAUCCACCAUUAUGCUUAACAGUCUAAAGGUAGGACAGAAAACCCAUAAACUAGCAGUUGGCAUGUAGAUAUCUAAUGGUAAAAUAUUUAUUAUUAUUGUUAUUGAGAACAUGGGACUUUGUGCUGCCGCUCUCUGAAACGGAGCUGUGGAGAUAUUUUGGCCUUCUUUACCAUCCUGCACACUGUGGUGGCAAGAUAAAUGUGGGUCCUCAUCCAGCCUAGUGGCCAGUUGCUAAAAGCAUUGACCUCUGUCAACAUGCCAGGGAAAAGGGAAGGUAAGGGGUUACUGAUAAGAAGAUCCUAGAAACCCAUAUAAUUUUAUUUUAAGACUUUUUACACAUAUAUUUCAGAGGUUCGAAUAAAUUUGUAAACACUGUACCAUUACAGCCCAAUCCAGUAUAGUGCAGUUUUCUACCUGACUCCGUAAGUAUUAUGUAUGUUUUGCAUCAAAAAUCCUUUAUUUCCCUUCAUUCCAUUUGAAGAUUUAUACUAUGUGAUCUGGUAGGGAAUUUAUCUUCUAGCUUUGAGACUAAAGGAUUGAUAGUACAUUGAUUGCCCUAUGCUAAGAAAUAAAGCAAUUACCAAGUUUAGCUAGAACAUUUGGAAUGACAUAAAGUAACUAGCUUGGCUCUGUUUUACCUAUUUAAAAAAACCACAACACCUACAUGUAAUUUCUAAACAGGCAUUUAACAAAAAUGUUUUAUUUUCUUCAUACUCUAAAGGCCUCAAUAUGCCACAACUUCUUUCUCUGCUCAUCAUCUGACCUGUUGUUUCUUUGUCUGUUGUGUGUUUGGCACCACCCUUUGAGAAUUUGAUGGUCCCUGUCGGCACUCCCAGCCAAUGCUGCUCUAAAAAUCUUAGCUGCAUGGGACGUCCUUAGAAACCCCUGCCGGGCCCUAGUGCGAGGGUACAUGUGAUGAAAUUUAUACACAGGCUUUGUGGUCGAAUGGACUGGGAAGUAUGCAACAGGUCUAAGGGUACCAGUCAGCUGAAUUUUUUUUCCUGAGUCAUGCUAGGUGCUUUGACUUCUACUUGCGCUCUAAAUUUGUUAAUUGCUGGUUAGUUUUCUAUUGAGAAUGAAGGUAAAUAAAACAGCAUGUAUGUACAAUCCCAAAGAUUCUAAACUGUCCUCUUUGAACUUGUAAAAAACCUGCUUUUGUUUUCUGAACAUAUCCAAGCCACAUCUUGUGUUAACAACUAUUUUUGCUGGUCACUUUGAUAGCACACUAACCAUAAAAGAUUAUUUGUACCUCCUUUAAAUAAAAUAUUUAAAUAGUAAAGGAUUUAAAUGCUAUAUUGGUGCUUCUGAAGCAUCAAAAACAGAUUAUUUUAUCAAGUGAAAGUGAUGUGGUAUAGCUUUAAGAAAUGUAAUAUAACAAUGUUAAAAACCAACUCUCAAUAGACCUAAAAAUAAGAUUUUCCUUUGAAGUGCGGGUAUAAUAUAUUUAAAAACUCCAGAUGUUAAUCCUUAAAAAUAUCUGACUAGAUAAUUAUAGAUGGUAAGACAGACUCGGACGUUGAAGCCAGCUGGACAUUCAGGACAGCUGUCUUUAAUGCUGAACAUCAUAAAAGAGAGGUUUUAGGGUUUCUUACUGACAACAACCUCAUAUAGGGGGCUUUGUCUUCAAGUUCUGUAUCAUCCAGUCUGUCAUUGUACUAACUCUUCUGUCCAUGCAAGUGCCAAAAGUGACACCAUAGAAGUGUUGUGUAACGUCCUGAGGAGAAUAUAGUCUUAACAUGCUGCAGUACCGCAGUUCCUUCAGCAUUUUGUAGCCUCUUUGUGAUGACCUCAGUUUAUUUUAACCAUAUCAUACAUAAGUGUUUCCAAAAGAUUAUAAACUGUUGUAUAUUGAGCUAGAGAACAGUAAUAUUUAAGAUGUAGUCACUGUUAAUAUGUAGGACUUUUCUACUAGUAAAGGUCUUGUCUAAUAUAGAUUAAUGUCUUUCCAUCUGUGGCAAAGUUGACAAAUGUGUGUUGCUUUGUUCAAAGAAACAACACUUUGCUUGUACUAAGAGUCUCUAAUGUUGAGCCACUGCUUGACAUUGAACAAUUAAUACUAUUGAGAGAAAACAGCAAAACGUCACAGAGUGCAUCCCUGCAACUGUGCCCUCAUGUUUCUGACAAGAGCCAGUUGUGCCAUAUCAACCUGUGCACUGUAACAUUUGCAAAAGAGCAACGGAGAAAAAACAAGACAAUGUAUUUUAGGUAUAUCCAAUGAGUUGGCAAGUGAGACAUCACUUGCUUGACCUUGUUUUCACCUGUGGCAACAGGACUGUUUCUUUAGGGGACCUAAAUGUGCUUGAAAUGUUUUGCCUUGUGAUGAGAAACGAACUUGAGAGCCUAUAUGUUUUUUAAAUUCUAUUUUCUCAUUAUUCCUUCUUUGAUGGCCUUGCUUUGUGAUUGACUUUAAUAGAGGAACUUUAGUGAAUGGAUUAUCUACAUAUGAAGAGUUUACUGCCAAAAUAUGACACGUUUGUGCAAAAGCAUCAUUCCUAAAGUAUUUCACAAGAUAUUUUAGAAAUAAAUAUAUGUUCUGUAAAUAUGGUCAUUAUCUGGAUCUAUUUUGGUUAUCAGAAAACUCUUCAUAUAUUAUCCUUUUGUUUGAGCCUUAGCAUGUUGCCUUUAAGUGAAACCUUGUGCUAACGGGUGUUAGUAAUGGUUUAGACUGGUAUAUAAGCUUAUAUUGUAGGUGGAAUUCAGUGUGUGAAUUUCAGGCUCUUUGAAGGAGACCUUUAUGAAGAAAAAGGACACUAAAAAGAAAUAAUAUAACUUCUAUUUUCAAAGGCGCUCUUAAGAAUUGAAAUGUGCCCUUUUGCUUCUCAAAAUUUAUUUUCUUUUCUUUGAAUUUUAGGAGUUUGUAUUAAAAGGCUUUAAGUUUUGUGUAAUUCUUGGAGAUGAAACCAUGAUUGUAUGUUUAUUGUAAAUAUAUUAAAUAUGCUAUUUUUGUUUUCAA